UAAUGUCUCAAAUUAAUCAUCUUCAUUUCAUUUCACUCCAUAUUAUCAUUUUUCAUGAAAAUAAGAAUGUAAAUUAAAAUAAGAUAUGACCUGAAGGCCUUAGUUACCAGAUCAUAAAAUCCCUUAAAAAAAACAAACAAAAUGAAAACAUUCUUGCAGUUUUAUUGAGGACUGUGCAAUAAACAACGCAUUAGAACAAGAAAAACAAAGAUAAUUUCAAUAAAAAGAAUAAGAAGUUGUUGCUUUAUAGUGAAGAAAUUUGAAACAUAUUAUUAUGAUGUAUUUUUGUUGUGUAAAAGGAUGUCAAAACAACAAUAAGAACACGAGGAAAGAAUCAGAUUCCAUCAUAGCUUUUCACAAGUUCCCUACGAAUUCAGUUUUGAGAGCGAAAUGUCUGAAUGCAAUAGGUCGACCAAACUGGGACCCUCCAAGUUACACUCGAAUUUGUAGUGAGCACUUUGAUCAUUUUAUAAAUGAAACUAAUGGAACAGAUCAGAAAAACGAUACUCUUCUUAUGAAGGAUAUACCAUCUGUAACUGAAUUUGAUGCCAGAAAUGUAGAGGUCUGCUGUUUAUGUUUAGCAAAUGAUGUUAAAAUGCAUAGUACUCUACAUGGAAGAUUAAAGACUGAAAUUGAACACAUACUGACUUUAACUGAUAAGUCAGAUAUGAAUGGGUUCCCGCAGUUUGUAUGUUAUAUGUGUGCCAUUGAUCUUCAUAAAUGUUGCCAGUUCAUUGAAAAGUGUUUGUUAACACAGGCAACAUUACUUGAUGUAUUUGCACAUAAUGGAGAGGUUACUGAAAAACUAAUAAAAAAUGUAGAUCGAAAACAAUUGAAACUAAACAAAUCACUAUCGAUUCAUAAACAGACCUGUGUUAUAGAAUGCAGUUAUGGAAAUGAACUUGCACCAAUUAAAUUUGAUUCAAAAUUAGAAGAUGAAGAAAAUACAUGUAAAAUUGAAUUGAAUGAGAAUAUACAAAAUAAUAUCAAAUUGGAAAAGGAAAUUGACUUGGUCAGCAUUGUUAAAAGUCCAAAGAAAGAUGACACAGGUGUCAGUGAUGAUGGAGCAAUGAGAUAUGAAGAUAGUGAAGAUGAUUAUGUAGAUUCGGAUUGUAGUGAUGAUAAAACAUUGAGCGCGUUGAAGAAAACUGCUAAUGCUGCUGAAGUUAAGAAUGAUAAGAAAUUAAAGGACAAAGUGACGCGACGAAAAAAAUUGCUUAAAAGAAGUAAAGGGGAUUUAACCGAACGAGAAUUAAAAAUGCAAGAAUAUUUCAAUAUCGUGAAGUUGUCUCUCCAGGAGCAAAUAGACGAUUGGAACCGCAAGUUCACUACGCGUCCGCCCACCGGCGACACAGUGUACCAGUGCGAGACGUGCACCAAGCAGUUCACGCACAUGAAGACUUACAAAGUACAUACACGUUGCCACGAUUCGAGUCGUGGUAAAGCAGAGUGUCCUGUGUGUAAGCUUCGAUUCAAGAGUGAAGCUUCCGCGGACUCGCACAGGCGGCACACACACGAGAAGAAGUUCCAUUGCAAAAGUUGCUUCAAAGCUUUUAGUAAUGUGGCCACAGCAAAGAAACAUCAGCUGUUUCACUCCGGGCUGAACUGUUCGUCGAAUGUGUACACAGCGCAGAGUAAAGUUCCGGACGAGUACACGUGCACUCGCUGCGGCAUCGCGUGCGGCCACCGGCAGGGCCUGCAGCUGUACGCGAUCAGCGCGCACGCCGCUCUCACGGAAACAAAAGGCGAUGAAUCUUGUCGCUGCGAACCCUGCGGUAUCGACUUCGCCUCAGAGGAUGCGCGAAGAGUUCACUUCCAAACUUCCAGCCGACACAAAAGUAAACCAGGGAAGACCGACGGAAAGCCCUUUGAAUUAGAUGAGAGUAAGACAUGCAAGAGAUGCGGCACGGAGUUCGGCACACGGAGCGAACUCAACUUGCACGUAAAGGCUCAACAUCGCAGACCCUACAUGAAGCAACCGGGAGAGACUUACCCCACCAACUGUGAGCACUGUGGGAAAGCAGUAAACAGCCGCCGGGAACAUUGGUGGCACACAUUCAAGGAACACCCUGCCGAAAGGGAUUCAUAUCGACGAGUCAUUACCGCCAUUUGUGAUACGUGCGGGAAAGGAUUCCAAAACAAAACAAUUUUACGUAUCCACGAGCUACGUCACGCGUCUCCGUCGGUGCGGUGCGACGAGUGCGGGCGCGCGUUCUACGACAAGUACGCACUGGCGCGGCACGCACACACGCACACGCGGGCGCGUCCGUUCGUGUGCACGCACUGCGGACAGACCUUCACGCUGCGCACCAACCUCAACCGCCACGCCAAGGUGCACUCGAACGUGGCGGCCUACGAGUGCUCGAUGUGCGGCAAGAAGUUCAAGUACUCGACGAGCCGCAACCUGCACAUCCGCACCGUGCACUACAAGCAGCCGCCGCCGCCUCGCAAGAAGCGCGCCAAGAAUGUAGAACAACCAGAAUUCAAGUUGUAAUUAAUAAAGAUACGGUUAACACUA